AUGUUUUUCAUAAAAGAGCUAACACAUACCAUUCUUCUCCACCCAUCAUACUUUGGGCCACGAAUGCUGAGCUUUCUAGAAAACAAGCUGUACUCAGAUGUAGAAGGCACAUGCUCAGGCCAGUUCGGAUAUAUCAUUGCUGUGGUCUCAGUUCUGGAUAUAGGGAAGGGUAUGGUUCUCAGUGGGAGUGGGCAGGCAGAAUUUAUCACGAGAUACCGAGCAAUUGUCUUCAAACCUUUCAAAGGCGAAGUUGUCGAUGGUGUCGUGAAUAAUGUCAACAAAAUGUUGGACCGCUCACGGUCUUUGUAUCUCAUCAAGUAUACACCGUUGGCGUCCUUCGAGGUCUUUGCUUACAGCUCUCCUUUCCAGCUUAUUCUUCCGGAUAUGAAAUUUGAUCCCAAUUCAAAUCCUCCUUCCUUUGCAUCUGAGGAUCAGAUCAUUGAAAAGAACACAAAAAUACGGCUAAAGAUUGUUGGCACGCGUGUUGACGCGACGGAAAUUUUUGCCAUUGGAACGAUAAAGGAGGAUCAUCUUGGGGUCAUCGACUAA